AUGAAGCUUUCUACCGCUACCGUUUUCCUGCUAGCCACCGCGGUGGCAGCAGCAAAACUAAAACCUGGUCAAAAAAUACUCCUCUCCGAGGUUCCCGCCUUAACGCUUCGAAGCGACCAGAUGACAAAGAAUCGGAGGGUUCCGGCAGUUCCGCAGGUAAGGAAGCUGCGCGAAUCCUCAUUAAACGAGCUUACUAAGAUGUUCACGAACUCCGGUAGUUAAAAUGCGUGGGUGGAGAGGGUAGGGGGAAAUAUGAGAUCGAUGUUAUGAGGUGCAAGAAUGUCGGGAGGUGGGUUGAAUGUCUCCUUCAACCAUUCAGGGGUUGGUUGUUGAUUUUCAGAUAGUGACUAUAACGACGAAUACGUGAGCUGGGCAUGCACUGCGGAUCUACCACGAGAGUUCAAACUUGGUUCUACUGACGUUGUAUGUGAGGGGUAUGCCACUUAUCUAGUAGCUGAAUUCUUCAUAGGCAUUAUGCUUAACUUAGCCAUAAUACAGCUACGAUAGCGCGGACGACCAAUACGUCCUCAAAGGUAUGAUACCUACCCGGCCACAUUUCCACGCCUUGGCCCCCUUCCCCUCCCCGGGGCUAAACAUCGAGCGGCACAGGUUCCUGCGGGGUAGAGUACCGGCUCGCACUCACGGAUUACGGGUACGAAAAGUUCCAGUAUGGUGGGUCGGUGUUUAAACGAUUGCCAUCGAAGGGCAUAGGUUCCCCCCUCCCCCCACCUUUCCAUCAAUCAAGGAAGCAAACACCUAACGCAUGAGCAGAUGCAGGAACUUUCCUCACCUGGGCAUUCUUCUUUGGAGUCGUGGCAUGGAUCCUGUACUCUGGGUACAAACACCGCAAUAAUACAAUGCCGAGAACUAGGCAGCCACGGCGACCUGGUGGCGGCAGCGGAUGGUUUGGCGGUGGCGGAGAUGACCCCCCACCACCGUACGACCCCCGCCCACCCCUGAAACCGGCGUUCCCAUCAUCCUCCUCUUCGCAGCAAUGGCGUCCUGGGUUCUGGUCGGGGCUCGCGGCUGGCGCGGCAGGGUCGUACCUGAUGGGGAACAGAGACAGGGCGAAUCAGACGCAGGCAGCACCGCAAUGGUUCCAGUCGAGUGGUGGGCCGUCAGGCGGAUACGGAGGUCCCAGUUGGGGCGGCGGUGGUGCAGGUGGAGGUGGGGAAAGUAGCAGUGCUGGAGCUACGAGACAUUCAAGUACUGGAUACGGGCAAACAAGGCGGAGGUAG